AGGAAGCCCAGCUCUAGCUGUUUUGGUGAGCAAGCAGGGUGAACUCUGGGAGGAAGCUUAGAAGAGAAAGGACUACUUUGGUGCUCAGUGCGAAGCAGCAAUUUCCCUCUCUUCUCAAGAGUAAGAUGUGAUGCAAGUUGUGUGGCGACUUUGAAGCAGAACUAGAGGUUUGUCCAGACAACAUGACCACGAAAACCCCAUCAGGAGGAAUAUGAGUUCUUCAUCUCCUCCUCGGCUACUUGUGAGAAGGUACCAUGAUUCUUUGGGUCUCCCCCAAGUCAGACUGGUUGAAAAUUAGGACGAGCCACCAGAGUGUUAACAUGGGAUUCGGAGAGAAAGUCUAGUGGCUUCUAGAUCGAGAGAGGUAUUUCUGUCACUCUAUACGACUCUGGUGAGGAGAGACUGCAGGAGCUGGGCCUCUUCAAUCUUGGGAAGAGGAGACUCAGAGGGGACCUGUUGGCGACAUGCAGCUUUGGUUGGCCCAUUUUUGCAAGAAACUUCGAUGCAUUCUUCUGAGAUGAAUGUCGCAAAUGCCUUCUUUUGCUGAAACUUGAUCUCGGAACGCCUCUUGCUGAGGAGGGGUGGACACUCGCUUGGACUGGGCAUUUGCCAUCAGCCUUUGCAUUCCAAAUCCUUGCAUUGUGUGUCUCCCCGGCCCCCAGCCCAGCUUCUGCCCAAUCCUAGUGGUGGGACACAGGUUUGCAGCUUUCCUACAGCGAUGGUUUGGUGCCUCUGUUUUCUUUCGGAAGACCAGAAAAAUGCCAUUGCAGUUGAUAAAGAAAUAAAUCGACUUCUGCAAGAGCAAAAAAAGCGGGAUCGGCGGGAGCUGAAGCUGCUUUUGCUGGGCACCGGAGAAAGUGGGAAAAGCACCUUCAUCAAACAGAUGCGGAUCAUCCAUGGGGUGGGCUACACGGAGGAGGACAGGAAAGGAUUUGUCAAGAUUGUGCAUCAGAAUAUCUUCAUGUCUAUCCAGGCCAUGAUCCGGGCCAUGGACAGCCUUCAGAUCAUGUAUGCCCAGGCUGAGAAUGGGCAAAAUGCCUCACUGCUCCUGGGAGUGGAUUCAUACAAGGUGACUGUGAUGGAGACAAGCCAUGCCAGGAUGAUCAAAAGCCUGUGGAAGGACUCCAGGAUCCGGACCUGCUACCGGAGGCGGCGUGAAUAUCAUUUGUUGGAUUCAGCUGCUUAUUUCCUGUCCAAUCUGGACCGCAUUACAGCUGAUGGGUACAUUCCAAGUUCUCAGGACAUCUUAAGAACCCGUGUGCCAACAACCGGCAUUAAUGAGUAUUGUUUUUCUGUGCAAAAGGUAACUUUAAGGAUUGUUGAUGUUGGUGGGCAGAAGUCGGAGCGCCGGAAAUGGAUCCACUGUUUCGAAAAUGUGAUUGCCUUGAUUUAUUUGGCAUCUCUCAGUGAAUAUGACCAGUUCCUGGAGGAAAACAGCAGUGAAAAUCGGAUGCAGGAGAGUCUGGACCUCUUCAGAACCAUCCUGGAGCUUCCGUGGUUUUGGAACACCUCCAUUAUCCUCUUCCUGAACAAAGUGGACAUUCUGGAGGAGAAGAUCAUGACCUCUGACCUGGCAUCUUACUUCCCAGAGUUUCCAGGCCCCAAGCAGGACGCCCACGCAGCCAAGGGCUUCAUCCUGGAAAUGUACACGGACAUCUUUGCACAGCUCGUGGCCCCGAGCGACAGCGCUGUGGGGAGCCCUUCCAAGGAGGCCUACCGGCCCCGGACCCUUUACCCCCACUACACGUGUGCCACGGACACGCAGAACAUCUGCACGGUCUUUGAAGACAUCAAGGACGCGGUCCUGGCACGCUACCUGGACGAGUUCAACCUAGUCUGAGAGAGAGAGAGAGAGAGAGAGAGAGAGAGCCACCUCAAAGGGUGUGGGAAAGGAGCAUCGAGGUAACCUUGGCAACCCCAUAUAAAGAAAAUCUUUAUACAAUGUUUUGUAGAUGGUAUUUAUUGCCAAAUAGAUUAGCAAAAAUGUUUCCCAGUAUGUCAAAUGGAUGUUGGAAACGUAAACAUGAACCUGGCACUUUUGAUCCUACGUGGUAGACUUGUGAUAAGGCAAAAAAAAUACUGGGCUAAAAUACAUAAAUGGCUUGAGGAAAUGUUACAAAAACCUUUAAUAUUGAGACCUGAAGUUUUUCUAUUAGGCGUUGUGUCUGAUGAUGUCGACAAACAAGCAACGUAUUUGAUCCUACCUGUGAUUACUGUGGCAAGGAUUGCACUUGCCCAACGUUGGAGGAGUGAAGAACGAACCACUGAUGAACUGAUUUUAAAAAA